UCCCCUCGCCCAUAUAUAUCCUUCUCUAGGUCCUCUAUUCCUCAUUUCCCAUCUUUCCCUCAAUUACCAUCAUGUCCUCCUCAGCGCUCCCCGUUGACCCCUCUUCAUCAAGCUCGACCUCCCCUCAUCUACACCCCAUCAUCAUUCCGGAUUUCGCGUAUUCCCCAAGCUCGCCCUCUGAAACAGGCUAUCAUUCUCCAGCAGAAAGCGAUUCUCUUCGUACCCCGUCUUUUCACGAACAGCCUCACCUCCUUAUUCGACUCCCCACCAACUCAGAUUCCCCUUUGGCGAAACAUGAUAUUUCUGCGGAUCAUUAUUCACAGAAAGAGGAUUCUCUUUUGCCAUCUCUGCUUUUAAAUUCCCGUUCAAUGUCUCACGACUCGCCGCCAUUGUCGCCAGCCAAUUACGACGACUCUCCUAUUCAUGAACCCUCGCCUAAAUCAAUGAGCGACAACGAUAACGAUUCAUCUUAUUUGCAGCGAGAUCUUCCUCACUCUUACUCAGCGACUUCUUCACCUUCACCUUCGCACUCAACGCCAGUGAAAUCUGUACACAAGUCACAAAACACAUAUCCCCCCUAUUCUGGCACCUCUUCAUCACGUUCUGGUGCUUCUCUCCUCAAUCUCGAUUCACAUCUACACUCUCCUCACUUCCCCCGGGGUCAUCAGCUGAACACGCACUUUGUUCGGAUUUACCAGCUAGAGGAUGAGCUUGGGUCGGGUGGUUAUGGUUUUGUGAUGACCGCCAAACAUCGCAGCACGCACCACGAGGUUGCAGUCAAGUUUAUCAUUAAGGAAAAGGUUCCACAGCAUGCUUGGAUGGAACACGAGAUGUAUGGUCGGCUGCCUACUGAGGUUAUGCUCCUCAGCGUGAUUAAUCAUGAGAAUAUUGUCAAGUGUCUGGAUCUAUUCGAAGAUUCGCUGUAUUUCUACCUGGUUCAAGAACUUCAUGGCUCGCCGUGGCAAAGUCACCAGGUCCCACCACAACCCUCUGUAUUACAAUCCUCUCCAUCGAUCCCCGCACUUUUACCCUCCUUAACACCCUCUGUCUCCGUCGAUUCGCUAUCUAGCUCCUGUCCUUCUACACCAGACACGUCGCUGCUUUCCCUUUCAGAUGAUGAAGUCGUAGGUGUGGGAAAGGGCUCGAAAUCCAUGACACUUCCCCCUCCUCGUCCUAAAUUCAACCGAAGAGCCUCCCACGAUUUGUUUGAGUGUAUAGAGCAGUCAGAACACAAACGACUGACGGAGGAUCAAGCGCGUCAUGUAUUUAUGCAGAUCGUUGAUGCGGUGCACUACCUCGACGCCCAGGGCGUGGCUCAUCGUGAUAUUAAAGACGAAAAUAUUGUUAUAGACGGUAAUCUCAAGGUCAAACUCAUCGACUUUGGUAGCGCUACCUUCGUCGACCCAUCCGAACCCAGACCAUAUUAUACCUUAUUCUACGGCACUACCGCUUACGCUUCCUCCGAAAUCUUACUCAAGAAACCUUAUCAAGCAGCACCUGCAGAAGUCUGGACGCUUGGUGUCCUGUUAUCCUACCUUUUGACGGGAUCAUCGCCUUUCCCAACCGUGAAAGAUGCGAUCGCUGGUAGGAUAGGCUUGACAAAUUGGAGGAAGAUUGUUUCGAGCCCUGCGAUGAGUUUGUUGAAGCAUUGUUUGGAUCCGAAUCCGAAGACAAGAGCGACCAUCGAGGAGAUCAAGGUCCAUCCCUGGUUGCAUGGUCAAUCAUGAUCCACUGCAUUUGUCUUUUUUUAUUGUAUUGCUCCUCUCUUAAAUCCUACCUAUACCUGUGUUGAUUUUCAACCCCCUUUUCUAAACUUUUCCCCCUGAUACCAUACCCGAGAUACCACAUCGAAUUUCGCAUACAUUUGUCAAGCUUGUCGAUCCUGUCUCAGUCGUAGUUUGGCAUUUCAUAUUUCCCUGUUUUCCUUUCGAAUACUCGUAUCAUUGUAUCAUCACCUCAUCCACUACUCAUUGUAAACUCUUCCAUACCCACCUUGCAUUGUUUCUUUGCAUCUGUUUCCUCGCACACUUUCUAGUUUUGUACCUGUCCUUGUAACUCAUUGUAGUCUGAUAAAUUGAAAUUCAGGAUCUCGAAAACGU